UACAUUGUGGGCUGUGACUUUAGUGUGAAAUGCCAAUUUCACCGGAAAGUGGAACAUAACCUCACCUAAUAAUAACUUAUCCAAAGUUUGUUCUACACUUAAGUUUUAUCUAUUGCCUUAUCAAAUAAAGAGUACAAAUUAAAAAAUAACAAAUAAGUUGCAAUGGUGCUAUCAGAAGUAAAUCAACCCCCUGCUGAGGGAGAUGCAGCAACCAGUAAAAAAGCAGCAAAGAAAGCAGCAAAAGCUGCUGAAAAGCAACAGAAAAAGGCAGAACAUAAGGUGUCAGCUCCCGAAGCCGGUACAUUAGAAAUAGAUAUAUCUGAAGGGAAAUAUGGCAAUAUGAAAAUGAUACAAUCAACCGGGGAGCACACAGACCGAGUGUAUACAGACGUCAAAGAUCUUGGUGUACAUUUGGAUGGAAAAUUAGUUUGGAUCAGAGCUCGCCUACAAACAUCCCGUGCUAAAGGGAAGCAAUGUUUUGCUGUUCUUCGGCAGAACUCAAGUACCGUUCAAUUGAUAAUAAGUGUCAACGAGGAACUCCAUAUCAGCAAACAGAUGGUGAAAUUUACUGGAAACAUCCCGAAGGAGUCGGUCGUGGACGUGCGCGCGGCGGUGGCGGCGACGGCCAGCCCCGUGCAGGCGUGCUCGCUGAGCGCGGUGGAGCUGGCGGCGCGCGAGGUGUGGCUCGUGUCGGCGGCGCGCGCGCAGCUGCCGCUGCUCGUCGAGGACGCGGCGCGCCCCGAGACCGACGACCCAGAAGGUCUCAAGAUCAGAGUCAACCAGGACACGAGGCUGGACAACCGGGUGUUGGAUCUGAGGACUCCGGCCAACCAAGCGAUAUUCCGUAUCGAAGCUGGCGUUUGCAGAUUGUUCAGAGAUAACUUGACUAGGAGGGGUUUCGUCGAGAUCCACACCCCGAAGAUAAUCUCGGCUGCGUCCGAAGGCGGUGCUAACGUGUUCACGGUCUCGUACUUUAAAUCAUCCGCUUACCUCGCGCAGAGUCCGCAGCUCUACAAGCAGAUGGCCAUCGCUGCCGACUUCGACAAGGUGUUCACGGUGGGAGCUGUAUUCAGAGCCGAGGACUCGAACACACAUCGUCAUCUCACUGAGUUCGUCGGUCUCGAUUUGGAGAUGUCUUUCAAGCAGCACUACCAUGAAGUCCUGGACACCAUCGGUCAGACCCUUACGGAUAUUUUCCGAGGGCUCCAGGAAGAAUUUGAAAACGAAAUAGCGACAGUCGCUCAGCAGUACCCCGUGGCACCGUUCAAGUUCCUGGAACCCCCGCUGAGACUCGAGUUCCCUCAGGCCAUACAGAUGUUGAAGGAAGCCGGUGUAACGGUUGGGGAGGAAGAUGACCUGUCAACUCCAGACGAGAAGCUGCUGGGUCGUCUCGUCAAAGCUAAAUACGAAACAGACUUCUUCAUUUUGGACAAGUAUCCUCUAGCCGUCCGACCGUUCUACACGAUGCCCGAUCCGAACAAUCCUAAAGCGUCGAAUUCGUACGACAUGUUCAUGCGAGGCGAGGAGAUCCUCAGUGGAGCGCAGAGGAUACACGACCCGGACUUCCUCACCGAACGGGCGAAGCACCACGGGAUUGAUAUCAGCAAAAUCGCGGCGUAUAUAGAGUCGUUCAGGCUGGGCUGUCCUCCUCAUGCCGGAGGCGGCAUCGGUAUGGAGCGUGUGGUGAUGCUGUUCCUGGGCCUGGACAACAUCCGCAAGACGUCGAUGUUCCCGCGCGACCCCAAACGUGUCACCCCCUAGGUGUUUUUAUACAUUUUAUAAUAUAUUGAUGAAAAUUGUUUAUAAAUAAAAAUGUAUUC